CUUGUAAACGACGAAGGUGUUAUAAAUAUCAGAACACCGACGAGGGUGUGUUUUUCUCCGAAGCUUUGUUGGCGGCAAAGCAAAUCUGUAUUGCGAUGGCGCCCACGAAGCUCUUCUUCUUUGCGUUUUCAGUAGCCCUAAUUUUCGCCAUCGUCGGGGCCGAGGCUGAUGUUUCCGUCGACGGAAGCGUAGCAGAGCCUGAUUCCUCUGCCUUCAAGAUCCAAUUAGAUCAACUCAAUUCUAAGAUCCGAAUUCUCGAAUCUGAAAUCAGAGAAAAGUCAGAAGAAGUGAAGAGGAAGGACGAAAUUGUGGCCGGAAAAGAAAAAAUUAUUCAAGAUAAAUCGGUCACCAUACAGUCCCUGCAGAAUGAUAUUGCUUCUCUCCAGAAAAAAGGGUCAUUGGAUGCUGAAGAGCAAGUCGGAAAGGCUCAUGCACGGGCUGUUGAACUACAGAAUCAGGUGGACAAGCUUAAAGGGGAACUAGAAACACAAAACAGGGAGAAAGGGAACUGGGAAACUCGAGUGCUUGGGUUAGAGAAAAAAGUUAAUGACUUGAACUCAAAAUUAGAAGAUCUUCAAAAGAUAAACCAGGAGCAGAGGACACAGAUUCAGAAAACGGAGCGUGCUCUUAAAGUUACCGAGGAAGAGAUGGUGAAGGCUAAGUUUGAGGCAGCUGUCAUAGAAGCAGAGUUGAGUUCGACACGUGGUGCUUGGCUUCCACCUUGGCUUGCUGUACACUAUCUUCAUAGUAAGUCUUGUGUUGAGACUCAAUGGAACAAACAUGGGAAACCUGUUUGGGAAAAGGUUGCUCAAAAGGCCCUAGAUAAAAAGGCACAAGCUGGAAAGUGGGCUGAACCUCAUGUGGAAACCAUUAAAACUAAAUGGGUCCCUGCUGUAAAAGAACAGUGGUCUGUGGUGAAAACAAGUGCUGAACCGCAUUUGCAAUUAUUGACCACAAAAACUGUUGAAGGUUAUGAGGCUACCAGGAAGACAAUUUCUCCCCAUUUAAGCAAGGCAAAAGAAUUUGUUCAUCCUUAUUAUCAGGAAGCUAGAAAGUUCAGCAAGCCAUACAUUGAUCAGAUUGCUGUUGCAGCUAAACCUCAUGUUGAUAAAGUACAAGUGGUUUUGAAGCCCUACACAAAUAAAGUUGUUCAUAGUUAUGGGAAAUUUUUGGAAUCAGCUACUACAUAUCAUCGCCAGGUCCAAGCCACUGUCCAAGAGACACUGAAAAAGCAUGAGCUCACCAGACCUCUUGCUACUAAAGAGUUAGAAUGGUUUGCGGCCUCGGCUCUUUUGGCUCUACCCAUUAUUUUUGUGGCUAGAGUGUUUUCAGCUGUGUUCUGCGAUAAAAAAGUGAAUAAACCUUCUCGAAGUGGAAAUAACCAUGCACGACGCAAAGCUAAACGAAGCCAUCCAGACAAGCACACAUCAUGAAGUUAGGUCCUGCCUUAUUUUUUUUGUGGAAAGAAAUUUAGAUAAUUUUUCCUGUUCGCAUGGGCUUAUGGUGGAGGGCUAUAUCUUUCAUGUCAUGAGGGGUUUUGAAUAUUUGCUUCUCUUUUUCUGGGUGAGGUAACUUUAGGAUGUUUCACUGUAGAGUUGGGCACACACUAUGUUUAGGUGUUUAUGUAUUGCCUUGUCACUGUGUUAUAUUUGUUAUUAUACUUGGCACUCCCAUUUCCUGUCGGUUUUGUUUUCUUAAAUUCUUGACAGUAGAAGUGUUUCCACUUUAUGUAUGUUCAUUAGAAUCAGAAAUUUUCUUUC